GUGAACGUACCUCGAUAGUGCAAUGAUUCUCUUAGAAGCACAUAAUCACAUCAUCCAAACUACCGUUUCCGAGAAACUCACUAAACCUGCAGCACUCGACAUCCAAUUCGUCGACUACGAUGGCGUGCGAUUCCACCUUUCGACACCUCAAGUGAAGACGACACUCCUCUUGUCCAUGCACAUUCGGUGCUGGAAUGAGCUUGCGCAGUACGGCGCGCUGGACGUGCUGAAGCGCGAGUACGGCGGAUUACUUGCCAAUGAGGCGGAGCCGGAGUAUAACCUUAGCUUGGAAAUUGACUUAACACAGGCACCGCCUGAGGGAGAGGCGCGCGACUCGUUUGUCAAGUCCCUUGCAUUGCUCAAGCGUAAUGUCCUUGCGGCACCCUUCGAACGUGCGUUCGCAGCGCAAAAGUCUCUCGAGGGGGGUGCAGCGCCAGGUGCACAGGGCGAGCUCAUGCAAAUCCAUUAUCGUGAUGAAGAAGCGAUAUAUAUCCAAGCUGCUCCCGAUCGUGUUACGGUGUUCUUCUCCACUGUGUUUAGGGAGGAGACAGAUAGGAUUUUUGGGAAGGUGUUCUUACAAGAAUUCGUGGAUGCAAGACGUCUUUCCACCUUACAGAACGCUCCGCAAGUGCUUUACUCAAACAGAGACCCGCCGCUCGAGCUUCGCGGCGUGUCCGGACUCAAAGCAAGCGAAGACAUCGGCUACGUCACAUUUGUCCUCUUCCCACGACAUUUUGACAAGCCCGAUGUCGCCUAUUCCACCAUCUCGCACAUUCAGCUCUUCCGGGACUAUUUCCACUAUCACAUUAAAUGCUCCAAAGCGUACAUGCACUCACGCAUGCGCUUCCGCGUCUCUGAGUUCCAGAAGAUACUCAAUCGCGCGAAGAUGGAAGUUGCAACGGCAGAGCGGAAGACAGUUAGUGGAAGGACACUGGUUAGUCGCUGAAAAGAUAAGUGACGGUAAGAGAGAGCUUUAGCGCUCGUAGAUCGUCUAUGUAUCAUUAGCAAAAUUACCUUUGAUCCUGACACGUCCUCCUCUGAAAUUGACGAACUGGACCACGACAUCUCACCGAUUAGCGUAAAAC